AUACUCAGAGCAGGUAUGGACGGAUCGUCUCCGAGCCUGAUCGUGAACAAGUCGGGUCUAGCUCGAAUGCUGGCCAUCGACCGAUCCAGCGAACGACUCUACUGGGCGAGUCACGUGAACAUCGAGAGCGUAAACUAUGAGGGUGAAGAUCGCCGAGUGGUGUUACCGAUCUCCUUGCGCAUGCCACUGGGUAUAGCGUUUGUGAGCAAUCGACUUUACUGGCUGAAACCCGUGACCGGUUUGGACGAAAAGCCCGAAAUUUGGAGUUGCGAUGUAGACGGAGCAACCGGUGCUUGCCGCACCUCCAAUCAGUUACCGCACAGUUAAAAAUCGUUUUUCGAAUAGAAUCCGAAUUUGUGUAGAAUAUUUUAUUGAGUUAGUUUGCAAAGUCAUACAAAACAUUUUGCACGAAUUUCUCCUUACACGCGAUGCUAUCUCACGGAAAAUCAUUAACCUGUGCGAACAUUGUAGACGGCGAUUACAUCAAGGGCUACGACUUCAAGGAAAUGCGUUUGACUCUUGAUUCCGCAGCCAAUCCCUGUAAGUCGAACAACGGAGGUUGUGAACAGCUCUGUCUGCUGAGCAACAGUUCGAGCACAGGCUACAGCUGUGCUUGCAAGCUCGGACAACGACUCAACGCUGAUCGAAAAACCUGCAACUCAGCUGCUCAAGAAGAGUUUCUACUUUACGCGCAAGGGAGAUUUUUACUGGGAAAGUCUCUAGAUCGACUGGGGUGAGCGUUUAUCUAUUGCAAAAAUAAAAAGUAUAUUAAAAAUAUCGCUUAUCGGAGAGCCGAUGCAGAGGAUACGCCAAACUUCGCCGACGUUAUCUAUCCAACCGGCAUGAGAAUUAAAUUUCUGGCCUUGAACAAAGUCCCCAGCGUCACCUGUGACGUGCGCGACGGUUUAGUCAUGUACAGCGAUGACAAGGGCAUCUACAAGCAAGAUUUCUUCAUUCCCAUCGAAUCUGCAAGUCAAAUCGAUGAAAGUCAGGAUCCCAAUUACACUCAGGUGGCGCACCUGGCCGUAGACUGGGUCUCCAAGAAUCUUUACCUAAGCAUCAUUUCGACUAGGUUGCCUAAUUUCAUGAUCGCCGUUCAUCCUUACGCUGGCAUUGGAUCUCCUCCGCCAGUAUCGGGUGUCGAAAAGUACUCGUAUUUGUAUAUUUUUCCAAGAUACGACUGGAUAAUCGAAAGCAUCGCCGUGCAUCCGAAUCGCGGCUACAUUUUCCUUGGAGUCUCGGAACGAUCUGGAGAACAUUCCGGAGUGUAUAGAUUCAACAGCGACGGCACGGACAAGAAACUCCUUUAUAAUCGUCAGAACGUGACGUCUUUGGCGAUAGAUUACAAGGAAGACAGGCUCUACUGGAUAUGCCAAGACGGGACCACGCUCGAGAGUGCGAAAAUUGACGAUUACGCGACGGACAGUAGAAAGUUGGACGUGCUGAACAUGAAGACCGUGAGCGUGGACAGCAAGUGGGCUUACGUGAGCAAUUACACCGGUGUCUGGCGAGUGGACAAGCUUUCCGGUACCGCGGUGACGAAGCUGAAAAACGUCAAUCCUGGUGAAGAGAUGCUGGCUGGUACCACGAUUUUCAGCGCCGAAUCACAACCUCUGCUGGACGAUCAUCCUUGCGCCGUGAACAGGGGUGGCUGUCAGAGAUUAUGUUUCGCCGUUCCCGACAGCAACGAAGCCGUCGGUCUGAAGAAGAAGUGCGGCUGUCUCAUAGGCGAAACGCUGCAAGCAGACGGCAGAACGUGUGUUUAGUUUAGGACAAAAAAUAAAUAGCUCCGAUACUUACACGUGCGUUUCAUUUUCCAAUCGACGAAGUCAUCGUUGAUUCGGUCAAGUUCGACGUAUACACGCGCGUCUAUAGAUACCUAAGCGUCGGCUUGGAAACUUGCGACAAACUUGGCUGGGCA